AUGCCGAACCUCAAUCCCUUUGCAAAGAAGACGCCGUAUGGCAGUCCACACCGCAGGAUCGAAAAGGUCGUCUGGUCGCUCAACGAGAGUUUCGCCGGUGAACCUAGCGCUGAGACGGAGAAGAUGUGGAAAAGCCUGAUACCAAAAGGACGAGCGUUCGUCCAACAUCCCAAGCUAGCGAAAGAGAUCAAAUCCAUGUCCGUCUUCCACGAGCUGCAUUGUCUACACGGUCUCCGACAAAUGUACUACAAAAACUCCUACCUCCUCUCCAAACACCAACACCACGAAUCCCAACGCUCACCACUAAGCCCGCCCCACAUCAAAAUCGAAACCACCUCCAGCAGUCACGAGCACCACUCUACCCCCACAUUCACACCGAACCCCUUCAUAGAAGCGCUUCUCAGCUCCGGCGAAGAGCACGACGAUCCCGACCACAUCCAGCAUUGCUUCGAGUACCUGCGCCAGGCCCUUAUUUGCGCUGCUGAUACCAAUCUGGAAGAUACAAAGGAGGAGGUUGAUGAAGAUGGACUGUUGGGCGUUGCGACGAAGGGGUGGGGGACGGAGAGGGUUUGUAGGGAUUUUGAGGCGGUCAAGGAGUGGGCGGUUAGGUGGAGGGUGGGGGAUUAUGCGGGGAUUAUUUGA